AACCAGCCAACGCAGAAUCAAGAGUUGCACGAUAAUUGUUCCCAGACGGAGCUGAGCGCUGAGAAAGUUGUUGAUUGACACCACCACGACGAUGGCCGCGUCCACCACGCCCUCGUCCCUCGACGCCUUCCACACCGCCAUGGCCAGGCUCGCUGGCGUCCGGGGCGCGUGGGGGUUCAUAGUCGUGCGCACAGCAUUCUGCGCUGACAGCGAUGCGGACGAAGCGCAGUGGACUAGAGCAUACCGCGUCUUGCGCCAGAUAGCACUUCCCAAGUCCAGCGGGGACGAUGUCCACGGUCGUCGCGCGGGUUUUGCACCUCGAGAGGACGACAAGACUCCCGAGCGCUUCGCGUUGCCCGUUCUCGCGGACAGGGCCGUUCUGGGUGGGCAGAAGGAUCUUGAUCUAGUCCGGGAGCUGGUGAACCAGCAGGUCGAGAGAUACCGCGAGGCAAGGCGGCGUUGGGUCGACGCUAUGAAGAGUGGUGAAGAGGACGACGCAGACGAAGAUGACGCAUCUGUUGGCUCAGGCUCCUCCUCCUUCUGGAAGUCUCAACUGCGGCUCGAAGGCUAUCUCGUGGUCAACGACGACGCACUAGCUUCUUUGCUGGCAAUGGCUGAUGUGCUGGGCGACGACAGGAUCGAGCAGACAUCUCAGACUCCUGGGACAGCCCAGCCGCACGUCAUCUUCCUCGAUGCCACGGAUCCCGCGGACGUUCCAUAUCAGGGCGGCUCACCUUUCCAGGGGUGGAUGCGGGCAGAGGUGCUGGCUCUCACUGAGUUCGAGGAGCAGCUGGACAUGUGCGGCAAUGAUGCCGCCCGUCGCUCUAUCCAGGUGUAUCCGCAGCGAAUAUACCCGGGCCAUACUCCUGUGUAUAAUGGGAUGGGAAACUUCCGAGGGGUCCAUGGACGUGCACCCCCGGCGGCUGGGGGUUACGUAUUCCCACGUGGCACCCCACGCGGGUGGGAGGGCACGGUGGCCACGUGGGAGAGCAUACCAGUGGAGCACAGGGGCAGACAGACACUUGGGCCGCCGCCGGCGUGGUUCCUCCGCCGGCAGGCGGAGCAGAGCGCUGCUCGGGAAGGGACACAGUAAUGAAGACCAUGGGAUGUGGUGUGAUAUCCCGGAUGAGAUGCUUAUGGUUCGGAAACCGGGUAUUUCUAUACGCUAAGUCAGUAAGGAUCGUAGGUAAAUUUCCUUAACUUGGAUAGCGCCAGAGUAAUGCUCCAACACACCCCAGAUGUGGGAGUUGCCUGGGGAUGAAAUCGCGGAGUUCAAUCGCUCGGUUGCUAAAUUGAUAUUGAAAAUCAAACUACUUUCCAGAUU